AUGGCGGACGAUCAUCCAGACCUGCAACAUGCGUUGCAAGACCUUGACCAGGAACUCCAGGAAGGUUAUAUCACCGAAAAAGGAUACCAGAAGCGACGCACUCUUUUGUUUUCACAGUUCGGUGCAGCGGGUGGCAAUGGCUUCCAGGCGCCAAUUGUCAAUGUCCAAGGCCCAGGACCUCAGGCCGAUAACUCCUCGGGCAGGUACCCAAGUGUAGGGAGUGAUAGCUCGUCGAGUAUUGCUAGACAGAGAACGCCUUCCCUUAUGAUACCCGACCGUGUAGCGGCUAGAGCGUCUGUCGAUUCUCUUUUCCUCCCAAAACAGACCCCGUACAACCCAACAGGUAUCGGCCACGAAGAUGCAAGAACCGAGACCUUGUUGAGCCAAAGUUAUGCAUUCAACCCCAAUGAUCAGUUUGCUCAACCAGACCAGCCACAGGCACCUUACGAUGCCGGCGCGUACGAUACCGAAGGAGGUAUGACUCGUCAGUCGACACUGCUUGAUUCGCAAGCAUAUUUUCAGGAUUUCGCCGGUCACCAAAACGAGGACUAUAGGAACAGCUAUGGAGGCGGGUUUCAUCGCUACUCACAGUCUGAUGCAUUUUCGCCAACAGCAAACAUGGCUCCUCCGCUGAUGCCAACUGCAGAGAUGCCCGGGAACAUGCUCGGUCACCUCCAACCACUUGAGCCACGAGACAUACCUUUCUCUGUCCAGGACCCGCAUGAUCCCAAUACAAUGAUGUCUAAGUUUGAGAAUCUGCCUGCAGUCCUGAGACAUCGCGCCAAGACUCAGUCCAAACAACCUGCUUAUUGGGUCUUGGACCAGAAGGGAAAAGAGAUUGCCUCCAUUACUUGGGACAAACUAGCUAGUAGGGCGGAGAAAGUGGCUCAAAUAAUACGCGACAAGAGCAGUCUAUAUCGCGGCGACCGUGUAGCACUGAUCUACCGCGACACCGAGCUAAUCGAAUUUGCUGUCGCUUUAAUGGGCUGCUUUAUCGCCGGCGUUGUGGCUGUCCCCAUCAACAACAUUGACGACUACGCAAGUCUGAAUGUCAUUCUUACGUCCACGCAAGCCCACCUUGCCUUGACCACAGAAAACAAUCUGAAAAAUUUCCAAAGAGACAUCACAACCCAGAAGCUGCAAUGGCCCAGGGGCGUCGAAUGGUGGAAGACCAAUGAGUUUGGGAGCUAUCAUCCAAAAAAGAAGGAUGAAGUCCCGCCUCUGGUUGUCCCCGACCUCGCUUACAUUGAGUUUUCUCGCGCGCCUACCGGAGACCUGCGCGGAGUAGUUAUGAGCCAUCGGACAAUCAUGCACCAGAUGGCCUGCCUCAGCGCUAUCGUGGCCACUAUGCCAGGCUCUAAAUCUGGGGGACAGCAACAACCCAGCAUUCUAGGUAGCGGCAGCCGAGGGGAAACAUUAUUCAGUUAUAUCGAUCCAAGGCAAAGCAUUGGUAUGAUCUUGGGCGUCUUAUUGUGUGUGUAUGGUGGACACACAACGGUGUGGCUGGAAUCUCAGGCAGUGGAUACACCCGGCCUUUAUGCGCACCUCAUUACAAAAUAUAGGGCUACUGUGUUGGCCGCCGAUUAUCCUGGACUGAAACGGGUGGCAUACAAUUAUCAGCAAGACCCAAUGACCACCAGACAUUUUAAGAAGAAUUCCGAGCCUAACUUUUCCAGUGUGAAAUUAUGUUUGAUCGAUACGCUCACAGUUGAUUCCGAAUUUCACGAGAUUUUGGCGGAUAGAUGGCUUAAGCCUAUGCGAAAUCCACGUGCGCGAGAGAUAGUCGCUCCGAUGCUCUGUCUUCCAGAGCACGGAGGCAUGGUAAUCAGUGUUCGGGAUUGGCUAGGAGGCGAGGAGCGCAUGGGAUGUCCUCUGACACAUCCCUUGGAACCUGAAGAGCCCGAGCAAGCCGAAGCGGAUAAGAAGAAGACGGACAACAACGAUGGGUUUGGUAGCAGUCUGAUUGGAGGAACUCCAGUCACCGCCCCGAAGAAGACUGUCAAGACUGACUUGGCGGAAGUCCUGCUUGAUAAGGAGGCGUUGAAAUCAAACGAAGUAGUGGUACUAGCCAUGGGAGAAGAGGCGAGAAAGCUUGCUGAAACACGCCAAAACUGUGUCCGUGUUGGUGCAUUUGGAUAUCCCUUACCAGAUGCUACCCUUGCUGUCGUUGAUCCUGAAACCAAUCUGCUUUGUACGCCAAAUGUCAUUGGAGAGAUCUGGGUCGACUCGCCGUCUUUGUCCGGGGGAUUUUGGGCAUUGCCGAAACACACAGAAACUAUUUUCCAUGCCCGACCUUAUAAGUUCGAACUCGGAAACCCUACACCCAUCUUGGUAGAACCGGAGUUUCUCCGGACUGGUCUUCUGGGUUGUGUCAUCGAAGGAAAGAUCUUCGUCCUAGGUCUCUAUGAAGAUCGACUGAGGCAGAAGGUCGAAUGGGUGGAGCAUGGGCAAGAAAUUGCCGAACAUCGUUACUUCUUCGUACAACACCUUAUCAUCAGCAUCAUGAGAAAUGUGCCCAAAGUGAACGACUGCUCGGCGUUUGAUGUCUUUGUGAACGAAGAACACUUGCCUAUUGUUGUCCUGGAGUCAUACACUGCUUCGACCGCCCCGACAACUUCCGGCGGCCCUCCCCGUCAAUUAGACACAGCGCUGCUUGAAUCAUUAGCAGAACGCUGCAUGGAAGUUCUAUAUCAUGAACACCAUCUUCGCGUCUACUGUGUAAUGAUCACUGCUCCAAACACUCUGCCACGCGUCACAAAAAACGGCAGGCGGGAGAUUGGCAAUAUGCUAUGUCGGAAAGAAUUUGAUAACGGAACUUUGCCAUGCGUACAUGUCAAGUUUGGAGCUGAACGUGCUGUGAUGAACUUGCCGCUUGGUGUCGACCCGGUGGGAGGUAUGUGGUCGCCACUCUCUUCGGAUUCCAGGCAAGACAUUCUGGCCAUGGAGGAGAAACAAUACUCGGGUGUGGACUAUCGCGAUAUUGUCAUGGACGAUAGGACAUCUACGCCACUGAAUAAUUUCACCAAUAUGGUUGAUCUAGUUCAAUGGCGUGUAACACGCCAGGCAGAGGAACUUUGUUACUGCUCGAUUGAUGGUCGUGGCAAAGAAAGCAAAGGAAUAACUUGGAAAAAGUUUGAUACAAAAGUGGCUGCUGUGGCUUCAUACCUCAAGAACAAAGUCAAAGUCAAGCCAGGCGACCAUAUGGUGCUGAUGUAUACGCAUUCGGAAGAAUAUGUCUUCGCCGUCCAUGCAUGUCUCUGUCUCGGCGUAAUCGCUAUUCCUAUGGCUCCGAUAGAUCAAAAUCGGCUGCCAGAAGAUGCUCCGGCUUUCCUUCACGUCAUUUCAGACUUUAAAGUGAAAGCAAUUCUUGUGAACAAUGAUGUUGACCACGUCAUGAAACAGAAGCUCGUAUCCCAGCACAUCAAACAGUCUGCACAAGUCCUGCGUAUCGGUGUUCCCGCAGUCUACAACACUACCAAACCUCCAAAGCAGUCUCAUGGCUGCCGCGAUCUCGGAUUUACUAUGAACAAAGCAUGGCUACAGCCAAAUCAUGCUGCCGUUGUCUGGACCCAUUGGACAGCCGAUCAGAGGCGCAUCUCAGUACAACUGAAUCAUGAUACUUUGAUGGCAAUGUGUAAAGUACAGAAAGAGACAUGUCAGAUGACAAGUGCAAGGCCGGUCUUGGGCAGCGUACGAAGUACUGUCGGGUUGGGUUUUCUGCAUACCUGCUUGCUUGGUUGUUAUGUUGGAGCACCAACGUAUCUUGUAUCACCUGUCGAUUUUGCACAGAACCCGGCGUCGCUCUUCGUCGCAUUGGCACGGUACAAGAUCAAAGAUACGUAUGCAACAGGCCAGAUGUUGGAGUAUGCCAUGACUUCCAUGGCUGGAAAGGGAUUCCAGCUUCAAGAGUUAAAGAACUUGAUGAUUGCCACAGAUGGUAGACCAAAGGUCGAUAUGUACCAGAAAGUUCGACUACACUUUGCUGCUACAUCUCUUGACCGGACAGCGAUCAACACCAUCUAUUCUCACGUCCUCAAUCCCAUGGUUGCUUCUAGAUCAUAUAUGUGUAUCGAGCCUAUUGAGCUAUGGCUUGAUCUGCGUGCCCUUCGGCGAGGCCUUAUUUACCCGGUUGACCCGGAUGUCGACCCAACUGCCCUUCGCGUGCAAGACUCUGGCAUGGUUCCAGUCAACACACAACUUGCAAUUGUCAAUCCAGAAACAUGUACCCUCUGCCGUGUCGGCGAGUAUGGAGAGAUUUGGAUCCAGUCCGACGCCUGCGCGAAAUCAUUCUACGGAAGCAAACAAGACUUCGAUCUUGAACGAUUCAACGGCAGGGUUUUUGACGGUGACACAUCAGUUCAGUAUGUUCGCACGGGCGAUCUUGGAUUCCUUCAUACAGUGACUCGGCCAAUUGGCCCAGGCGGUCAACCCGUUGAGAUGCAAGUCCUAUUUGUUCUUGGUGGCAUAGGGGAGACGUUUGAAAUCAAUGGGUUGAAUCAUUUCCCCAUUGAUAUUGAGUCCUCUGUAGAAAGGUGUCAUCGGAGCAUCGUUCCAGGUGGUUGUGCGGUUUUCCAAGCUGGUGGCCUGGUUGUUGUGCUUGUUGAAGUCACCAGAAAGUCUUAUCUAGCCUCACUAGUGCCUGUUAUUGUCAACGCAAUCCUCAACGAUCACCAAGUUGUAGCGGAUAUUGUGGCGUUUGUCUCUCGCGGCGACUUCCCUAGAUCCCGGCUCGGGGAAAAGCAACGCGGCAAGAUUCUCGGUUCGUGGGUAACAAGAAAGAUGCGUACAAUAGCUCAAUUCAGCAUACGCGAUGCCGAUGGAGCUGACCCUCAGAUGUUGGGUCAGAGCCGCAUGAGCAGAGAAUCCAAGACGGGAAGUAUCAUGGGCGGCAGUAGUCUUCGACGAUCAACGCUUGUUCCUGAUAGUGAUUCCAACACACAUGCUCCACCGCCUGUGCAGGAAGGCCGGGAACUUGUCGAUGCUCCAUACACAAUGCAAGAAGACGAGGAGGAGAAGCAUUACCAGGAUCUCCUCAAUAAUGAAAACGGUUAUCAGGAAUUUAACGAUGACACUCAUGAAGUCCGACCAUUGCAAACAAGAAACCCGGACACGACAGUUUAUCAACCUCUCAGCAUCGAAACAUACGACGACUAUGAGAAGGACAGCAAUCAAACGCCGGUCCUAAGUCCAAACCAUCACGGAUUUGAUUUUGGUUCCGAUUUUGGUCCCGAUUUUGGUCAAUCGGCAUUUGGCGAUGACUUUCAGUCUCCCGGUGGCCGCUCCAGAGGCGUGCCAUCUGUUGCAAUAGCGCCUCCAUCGACUUCGGGUUCCCAAGAAUCACGAGUCUCGCAUGCAAGUCCACCUUCAGGCCCAGCUCGCGAUAGGGGCUCUCUACCAAGCCAACAACAACGAUUUAACCGUCAGCCCAUGAAUCCAAAUGACAGUUAUCGACCACUGUCUACCGAGGAAUGGCCACAAGAGGCUCUUCUCUACCAGUCACGCUUUGAUUCAUAUGGCUCAAACGGACAUGGCGGACAAGGCGCCCCCAAGUACGGACAGCAGCAGCCUCAUGAUGAAAACGACUUCAGAAACAAUUUCCUCUAA